GCGGUAAAGGAAGGAGGAAGAGCGGACCGGCUGCGCGACUCGACAGCGCUGAGGCUCCGCGGUAGCCCGCCAUGGCCGCCGGAGGCUCCCGCGCGGGGUCCGCGUCCCCCAUCCCCUCGGCGUCCUCCCUGCCUCUAGCUGCCCUCAACGUGCGAGUGCGGCGCCGCCUGUCGCUGUUCCUGAACGUGCGGACGCAGGUGGCGGCCGACUGGACGGCGCUGGCUGAGGAGAUGGGCUUCGAGUACUUGGAGAUCCGGCAGCUGGAGGCGCAUGCCGACCCCAUGGGCAAGCUACUGGACGACUGGCAGGGACGCCCGGGAGCCUCGGUGGGCCGUCUGCUGGAGCUGCUCACCAAGCUGGGCCGCGAUGACGUGCUGGUGGAACUGGGGCCCAGCAUCGAGGAGGAUUGCCAGAAGUAUAUUCUGAAACAGCAGCAGGAGGAGUCUGAGAAGCCCUUACAGGUGGCUGCUGUAGAUAGCAGUGACCCACGGACAUCAGAGCUGGCGGGCAUCACCACGCUUGAUGACCCCUUGGGGCAAAUGCCGGAGCGUUUUGAUGCCUUCAUCUGCUACUGCCCCAGCGAUAUCCAGUUUGUUCAGGAGAUGAUCCGGCAGCUGGAACAGACAGAUUAUCGGCUGAAGUUGUGUGUGUCUGAUCGCGAUGUCCUCCCUGGCACGUGUGUCUGGUCCAUCGCCAGUGAGCUCAUUGAGAAGAGGUGCCGCCGGAUGGUGGUGGUGGUCUCUGAUGAUUACCUGCAAAGCAAGGAAUGUGACUUCCAGACUAAGUUUGCGCUCAGCCUCUCUCCCGGUGCCCAUCAGAAGCGACUGAUCCCCAUCAAGUACAAGGCAAUGAAGAAAGAGUUCCCCAGCAUCCUGCGGUUCAUCACUGUCUGCGACUACACCAACCCUUGCACCAAGUCCUGGUUCUGGACCCGCCUUGCCAAGGCCCUGUCCCUGCCCUGA